ACUGAGCAAUAGGUGACUGGUCUCGCGGAUCUAGGAACUCAGUUAAAUUGAUUUGUUAAGCAAACAUCCUGUGAAACACACCUAUUUGUAUUCGUGUAAAAAGGGAAACCUCCCUUUCCAGACCCGGUGUUCCGACGAAGAGGAAAUCUUGCGUGUGUGAAGGUACGCGGAGAGCACAGGAAUAGAAAUGCAGGGAUUCGUGAGGUUACCGUCGUAUCGGUGAUCUGCCCCGUUUCCCCAUACACUUUACAUCGUUGUUUUGGAAGUAAAUUACGUUAUAUUGCGAGCGGUAGGAUUUUGCUUAGGCUGGACGUCUGUUUUGGAAACGCCACAUACAGCGGUGAUAAACCUCAGUCGUUGUGUUAUUAGCCACUUUCCAUCUUUCCAGUGGGACCCAACUGCUCUCCGACGGCAAACUCCAGGAGUCAGUGUCAUAACUCUUCACCGCGAGACGGACCGUACGACGCAUUUUUCUAGCGCGUGUCCUGUAAACACACGUUGCGUUUGUAUUCUUUUACCGGGUUGCAAACUAAAUCGGCGUGUAAGCUUACCUGACUGUGUUUAUAAUGCGGCUUCUGACUUCACAGGCACUGUAAACUGCUACAGAUACACCGUGAAAUGUUGCAACUAGACAGACGAGGGAGAGCGAGGAAACCGAUGUAAAAUCGCCCACAUGCGCUGGAUCAAUCGCUUGCUAGGUGAUCGGAAUCUGCAGAAGAAGAGGGAAGACGUGAGUUGUAAAUCCUCGCAGGCUGGAAGAUGGCGGAGCAGUACUACAGCAGGAGGAGGUGGUGGUGAAAGACAAACUUCCAAGAGCUCGAGAUUUAUUUGCAAACAACGCGAUCUGGCCUUCAGGACACAUGCAGGCCAAAAAACGAUAUCUGAUCUCGCUCGUGACUGGCGCGUUUCUAAUUGUGCUCUUUUACUUUGGAGGUCCGGCGCCCACGGGGUCCAGGAGCCGGCAUGACCGGAGCCGCAAUGGAUAUAAUCGUCCCGACCAGCCGUGGCCACACUUCUCGGAUCCCUUACAACACUUCAGCCCGUGGGAUCAUUCCGACACGGAGGAAUACAACGUUCACAUAUCGCCCAGGCAAAAGAGAGACGGUAGCUCGAGCGUUUACAAGGGCAAGAAGUGUCGCAUGCAAUCGUGUUUUGAUUUCUCCCAGUGUCAAAGAAACGGAUUCAAAGUGUACGUGUACCCUCAGCAGAAGGGAGAGAAAAUCUCAGAAAGUUAUCAGAACAUUUUAUCCACCAUCGAGGGCUCUAGGUUUUACACAUCAGACCCUGGCCAAGCGUGUCUGUUCGUCCUGAGCUUGGACACACUGGACCGAGACCAGUUGUCUCCACAAUAUGUGCACAAUCUCAGAACCAAGGUGCAGGGCUUGCCUCUGUGGAACAAUGGUAGGAAUCACCUCAUAUUUAAUUUGUAUUCAGGCACAUGGCCCGAUUACACGGAAGACUUGGGCUUUGACAUCGGUCAGGCCAUGCUGGCCAAAGCGAGCAUCGGCACGGAGAACUUCAGACCCAACUUUGACGUGUCCAUCCCUCUGUUCUCCAAGGAGCACCCAAGGACCGGUGGGGAGAGGGGGUAUUUGAAAUAUAACACCAUUCCACCUUUUAGAAAAUAUAUGCUAGUGUUUAAGGGGAAGCGCUAUCUGACCGGCAUCGGCUCGGACACGAGGAAUGCCUUGUAUCAUGUUCAUAACGCGGAGGAUGUAGUGCUUCUCACAACGUGCAAACAUGGAAAAGACUGGCAGAAACACAAGGACGCGCGCUGUGACAAGGACAACGCCGAGUAUGACAAAUAUGACUACCGUGAAAUGCUGCACAAUUCUACUUUCUGUCUGGUACCACGGGGACGACGACUGGGCUCCUUUCGCUUCCUGGAGGCUCUGCAGGCUGCCUGUGUGCCGGUCAUGCUGAGUAAUGGCUGGGAACUUCCCUUCUCCGAGGUCAUCGACUGGAACACAGCUGCUGUGAUCGGGGACGAGAGGCUCCUACUGCAGAUCCCGUCCACGGUGCACUCCAUUCAUCAGGAUAAGAUUCUAGCUCUGCGACAGCAGACACAGUUCUUGUGGGAGGCCUACUUCUCCUCCUUGGAAAAGAUUGUGCUCACCACUCUAGAAAUCAUUCAGGACAGAGUGCUUCAGCAGACUUCCAGGAGUACCCUGAUGUGGAACAGUCACCCUGGUGGUCUUUUUACACUGCCCCAGUACUCAUCCUACCUGGGCGACUACCCUUUCUACUAUGCCGAACUUGGGAUAAAGCCAAAUUCCAAGUUCACUGCUGUUAUCCAUGCUGUCACCCCCCUGGUAUCUCAGUCUCAACCCAUUCUCAAGCUCCUCGUCUCCGUGGCCAGGUCCCAGUACUGUGCUCAGAUUAUUGUAUUGUGGAAUUGUGACAAGCCUUUACCUGCCAAGCAUCGAUGGCCUCCAACCUCAGUGCCAAUAAUUGUUAUAGAAGGAGAGAGCAAGGUCAUGAGCAGUAGGUUUCAGCCGUAUGACAGUAUCAUCACUGACACAGUGUUAAGUCUGGACGAAGACACAGUGUUGUCAACCACUGAGGUGGACUUUGCCUUCACAGUGUGGCAGAGUUUCCCAGAGAGAAUUGUUGGGUAUCCUGCCCGUAGUCAUUUCUGGGACAAUAAUAAGGAGCGUUGGGGGUACACAUCCAAAUGGACCAAUGACUACUCCAUGGUUCUCACCGGAGCUGCCAUUUACCACAGAUAUUACCACUUCCUGUACACCCACUUCCUGCCAAAUAGCCUGAAGAGCAUGGUGGACCAGCUGGCCAAUUGUGAGGACAUCCUCAUGAACUUCCUGGUGUCUGCCGUCACCAAGCUGCCACCCAUCAAGGUCACGCAGAAAAAGCAGUACAAGGAGACCAUGAUGGGCCAGUCAUCUCGAGCCUCGCGCUGGGCGGACCCGGACCACUUUGCCCAGCGUCAGACCUGCAUGAACAAGUUCGCCAGCUGGUUUGGCGGCAUGCCUCUGGUCCACUCCCAAAUGAGACUGGACCCUGUUCUGUUCAAGGACCAGGUCUCCAUCCUCCGCAAGAAAUACAGGGAGAUAGAGCGCCUCUGAUCAGACUGGCGCCCC